ACCGAGUAUGGACCGUAGAAUGCAGACAAAUCCAGCAGACUGGCAGGGAAGCUUAGCCGAACGCAGCGCGAGUCGGACGGCGUUAUCAGCGGCGGUCUUCCCUUAUCACUGCCGCGGCUCCCUCACACGGCUCGAACGGGCAGCGGAAGGCGAAGUACUCCUCGUUAGAUACUGGCACUGGGACGGGCCUGGCGACUGCUGAGGCAGGAAUAUAUGUGAAAUAUUUCAUGAGUUAAAGACAACAAAAGAAGCAUUGAUAAUGCUGUGUGUUGGCCAUGUAUGUGUGGACAUGAUCAACGUAUGUUCAUCAUAUCCAGAAGAAGACGGCAAAGUAGGAACUACAACAAAGUUAAACAGGUGUCAUGACCAGCGGUGGCAACGAGGAGGAAAUGCAGCUAACAAUUGUACCGUUUUAGGGUUGCUUGGAGCAAAGCCAUCUUUUCUAGGGACCAUUGCUGGAUCUCAUGAAAAAGUGUUCCUUCUAGAUGAUUUUGCAAAGUAUAAUGUGGACACAAAACAUAUUGUGGUGCAUGAGGAUUGUGAUUGCCCUGCUUCAUGUGUCAUUCUCAGCAUGGAAACUGGAUCUAGAACUAUAAUUCACUCUAAUAAGAACCUGCCUGAACUUACUGUUGAAGAUUUCUGCAAAGUUAAUCUUUCUGCUUUUAAGUGGGUUCAUUUUGAGGGCCGUAAUGUUUCAAAUGUAGUUGGUAUGAUUGAAGUUGUCCGAAAGCACAAUGAAAAUCAUAGAGAUGUUCAGCCCAUCGUCAUCUCUGUUGAACUGGAGAAGGCCAAACCUGAACUCAGCAGCCUCAUAUCAAAAGCUGACGUAAUCUUUGUGUCCAAAGACUAUGCUCAAUUCCAAGGAUAUACUGAUAUGGCAGAGACCAUUGAUAAAAUUCAUAUUGAGACAAGACCAGGAUCUUUGGUGAUAUGCCCUUGGGGAGAGAAAGGUGCUAGUGCUAGACUGAAAGAAGGCAAAAUUGUGUCAAGCCAGGCUUUCCCACCAGAAGAAGUGGUGGAUACAUUAGGAGCUGGUGACACCUUCAUUGCAGCAACUAUAUUUGCAUUGGCCCAAGGACACAAGCCAGAAGAUAGCAUACUGUUUGGGUGCCGUGUAGCAGGGACCAAAGUUGGAGUUCGAGGGUGGGAAUCCCUGAGGCAUCUAUCCAAGAGUUGUGACCUCCUGCCAGCUAUGGUAGACUCAGGCAGCAGGAGGGAUGUUGUUAUGAAUACCACCUGAUACUGGGAAUUCCUUCCAGACAGUAGCAUGGGAGCUAAUGUGGAGGGAGUUGUGUGUGCUGCUUGGGUAUAUUUGUUGGUGCUUUUAGUUAUUUGGCAGUUAUUCUUCUCUGAUCAUGAUGAUGAGGAAGAAUGGCUUUGAUGGUAUCAGUUUUUAGAUUCUCAUUUAUUUUCACAUUACAGUAAAGUAUGUGUUCUUUAUGACUCAGCAGCGUAAUCUGUCAGUCAACAUUUGUUAGAUGAGGUUGUACUCCCAGGUUAAAACUAAUAUAUAUAUAUUUUUUUCUACAGUGUCUGUUUUUUUGUUGUUUUUUUUUGUCUAAGGAGCCCACCUAUAAUUUAGGUUUUUAGAAUAGGGUCUCUUUAAUUUUCUUGUUAAGAUUUUCUACAGGUUUCAGGAGAUUGAGAAAGAGAAAAAAAAAUAUAAUAAUUGGAUUAUAUUACAUCAUUAGAAUUUAAUAUCUCUCUAAUGGUCUUGGUAUUCAGCUUCUGGGACAUAGUUAAGGAGGAGGAAAAUAUUACAGUCAUACACAAUGUAAAUAUACAUAUUGUUUCUUCAAGAAACUAAGAUAUGUAUAUUUUGGUAUACUAGAGGAAUCAGAAACAUUUGAUGUCCGGAAUACUUUUUUGUUGUAAGGAAACACAGUAUCCACAUACGUAGAAAACUAGCUGGAAUCACAGCAUUUAUAUAUGCAGAGUUCAACUUAGGAGUGGAUAUGCUGACCACAUAUAAUAUUGGUGUUUUAAAAAUUAUUUACUUUGAUGGUUAUUUGUUUAUGUAAAUAUAGUGACAGAUGGGUUAGUAUUCAUGUGAAGAUGUAAAGCUACAUUUGCAUGGUCACAUUUGGUAUUACAUAAAGCUGUUACUAGUGCUUCAUGUGUGCUAGUAACAAAGUAGUGCAAUUACAAUGUAUAUUGAACCACAGCUAAAUGCAGCGAAUGUAUAUAUAUCAGUGAAGCUUGAAAUUUCUGAGGUUUACUUAUAGGAUAUGUUAAUAUUGCCUAUAGAAAUUCUCUGCAAAUAUUGUUUGUUAAAAGUUAUUGCCUACCUCAGUCUGUGUGGACAGAUUACUUAGUAUAUUUAAGAGUGGUCUUGGACAAGGCCUUUGUAUAGAGUUCUGAAGCAUGUAUUGAACAGCUAAAUAGUAUAAAUUUUGUUGGUUAUACUAGGAUGGUUUUGAAAUAAUAUUCAUAAUGUACAA